GUUGUUGUGUCGUUGAAUUCUAAGUUGAAGGCCGUUUACUCUCCUCUCUCUGCAGCAGCAACUUCCUCCAAAAUCCGCCAUUACCACCACCACCACCUCCGCCACCGCAUUCUCCACUCUCGCCACCGCAUUGUCCACCCCCAAAUCCAAUGGACUCACUGAGGUUGCUGGUGCCUCCAUGGCUUGAACCUCUCCUCCACACACAGUUCUUCACCGUGUGCCGGACUCACGCCGAUGCAGCCAGAAGUGAAUGCAACAUGUUUUGCCUCGAUUGCAAUGGUGCUUGUGGUGCCUUUUGCUUCUAUUGCCGUUCUUCAAAGCACAAAGAUCAUCAAGUCAUUCAGAUAAGAAGAUCUUCAUAUCAUGAUGUGGUGAGGGUAACAGAGAUUCAGAAUGUGUUGGAUAUAACUGGAGUUCAGACUUAUGUGAUCAACAGUGCUAGAGUUUUGUUCCUGAAUGAGAGGCCUCAACCAAAAUCUGGAAAAGGGGUAGCUCACAUUUGUGAGAUUUGUGGAAGAAGCCUCUUGGACCCGUUUCGGUUCUGUUCUUUAGGGUGUAAGCUUGAAGGAAUCAAGAAAAAUGGGGAUGCAAGCUUUGUUUUGGGGGUAAAGAAUGAAGAGUUGAUGAUGACAAUGGACACUAGAACCACCUCCUCUAGAUCACAGCAAGAAGAAUUGCGUGAAGGCUCAACUCAAGACAUGUAUCCGGCCACGCCUUCUCCACCUCCUUCAAGUGCAAGAAGAAGAAAAGGCAUUCCCCAUAGGGCUCCUUUUGGUUCCUAAUGAAUAAUCCCAAUUGGCCACUCCUUCAAACUUGGUACAUAUACAAUAUUCAUCCUCAAAAGCAUUUUUUUUAUUCCUUGGAAUACAAACCUCUUUUGGGGGUAAAGUGCAAACCUUGUUAUUAAAAUUUAUUUAUUUUCAAUAAAAAAGAAAAAAGAAUAGGAGCCUUUGGAGGGGGGUUUGUACUUUGUUUAAGGUCCAUGUUGUGGAAAAGAAAGGGAAAGGGUUAUAAGAAAAAGCUCCCUCUUUUCCGGUUUGGGUUCAAAUAAAAACAAAACCCCUCUUGUGAACAAACCAAUAAUGCAUAAUUGUUUAAUAUUUAAUUUAAUAGUAGCUGGUGUAUAUGUCAUUAAGAAAACAAUAAAGCAAGGCUUUGUGGAGUCCGUUUUAUAGUUUUCAAUGGCCCACCAUGCACAUGGGCCGUUUACAUAAAGAUAAUCCCACCUUUUUA